AUGUACAGUCAGGCAGAUGCAACCGCGCCUCAUACACGACUCAGCGUAGGACAACACGACUCAGAGCUGAAAAAACAGACAAACGAAGACAGGAUUCGUCUUAGACAGGAGCAAAAAGAUGCUUUAGACACCAUGGAUGAUAGCAACAUUCUUUAUGGACCUGGCAUCGAUUAUGAAUCGAUUAUUUUGGUUUUAACUACAACAAUAGUUUUUAUUGUUACGUUCCUGCUUUGGUAUUUGGCAACACGAAAACCAGAAGGAUAUCCACCAGGACCGAAAUGGUGGCCAAUUUUGGGUUCUAUGCUGGAAGUCGACGAAAUAAGAAGAAAAACCGGAUCCCUACCAGAAACUUUCACAGCUCUGAGUCAGAAAUAUGGCCCAGUUGUUGGAUUAAAAAUUGGAGUAGAUCGAAUAGUUAUAUUAAAUAGUUUUGAAAGUAUGCGAUCUAUGUGCAUGAAUGAUCUUUGCGAUGCCAGGCCUACUGGCCCUGUUUAUGAAGUUCGAACUUUCGGGAAAAAACAAGGCCUGAUUCUUGCUGAUGGCAAUUUGUGGGUUGAGCAGCGAAGAUUUGUUCUUCGUCAUUUGCGAGAGUUCGGUUUUGGAAGAACUAGCAUGGCAACUUUUAUAGAAGAAGAAGCACGGCAUCUAGUAGAACAUUUUAACAAACUUCUUCAAAAAAGUUCUAAAUCUCAAUCAUCUAUUUCUAGAGAUACUAAUUAUUGCUUUAAAGAGAGACGACACCCAAAAAAUGGUCAAAUAUAUCAAUUCGCGGAUGAAACGGAAAAGAAGUUAAAAAAUAAAAAUUCUUUAAAACCAAUUAGCUUGGCCGAUGCUUAUACGAAAUCAGAAGAUUCUGAGGAAAUUAGAAGACUUUCUCAAUCAUCCGGUGUUGUGAUCAAGAUGAAUGAUGCUUUUGGGGUUCCAGUCCUUAAUACUAUUUGGAGAAUGAUGACUGGGCAAAGAUUCAAUACAAAUGACAAACAAAUAUUACAUCUUCAGAGGAUUCUGAAUAAACUUCUAGAAGAAAUCGACAUGAUUGGAUGUCUAUUUGGCCAUUUUCCACUUCUUAGGUUCAUUGCUCCUGAAGCUUCUGGUUACAAAGCUUUUCUAGAAACUCAUCAAGAAUUGUGGGAAUUUUUAAAGGUUGAAUGGCAAAGUCACAAGGAGACCUUCGAUGCUCUAUCACCACGAGGCUUAUUGGACGUCUAUUUACAAGUUCUACAAUCUGAAAGCCCCAAUGAAACUUUUUCAGAAUCUCAACUGUUGGCGAUAUGUAUUGAUUUAUUCAUGGCCGGAUCAGAAACCACAUCAAAAACUUUAGGUUUUUGUUUCUUAUAUCUGCUACUAUAUCCAGAUGUACAAAAAAAAGCUCAGAAUGAAAUCGAUUUAGUCACCUGUCGUCAAAGGUUGCCAUCUCUAAACGAUAAAGCAAGAUUGACAUACGUAACUGCAAUAGUGUAUGAAGCAUUACGAAUAUUUAUGGGAAAGACGUUAAACGUCCCUCACAGGGCUUCAGAAGACACCUACAUCUUGGAUCAUCGAAUUCCAAAGACGGAUAAUCAAUUCCGCGAUUUGAUUAAAGCUCUGUAUGGUGUUGGUCUAGCUGUAACUCCAUCAAUGAAAUCAGUAGUUGGGUUUUCUUCUCCCGGGACAACUGAAAAUGUGAAUUCGUGCAAGAGAGUUGCUACGAUGACGAAAAUAUUGCUCUUGAAUCGUGGUAUAAUCAUGUGGGAAAUAAGUUUGGUUUUAACUACAGCACUAGUUUUUAUUGUUACGUUACUUCUUUGGUAUUUGGCAACACGAAAACCAGAAGGAUAUCCACCAGGACCGAAAUGGUGGCCAAUUUUGGGAUCAGCGCUGGAAGUCGAAAAAAUAAGAAGGAAAACCGGAUCCCUUCCAGCAACUUUCACAGCCCUGAGUCAGAAAUAUGGUCCAGUUAUUGGAUUAAAAAUUGGAGUAGAUCGAAUUGUUAUAUUAAAUAGUUUUGAAAGUAUGCGAUCUAUGUGCACGAAUGAUCUUUGCGAUGCAAGGCCUACUGGUCCUGUUUACGAAGUUCGAACUUUCGGAAAAAGACAAGGCCUGAUUGUUACGGAUGGCAAUUUGUGGGUCGAACAGCGAAGAUUUGUUCUUCGUCAUUUGCGAGAAUUCGGUUUUGGGAGAACCAGCAUGGCAACAUUGAUAGAAGAAGAAGCACAUCAUCUAGUGGAACAUUUUAAAAAACUUUUUCGAGAAAGUUCUAGAUCUCAAUCAUCUUUUUCUAGAGAUAAUGAUUUUCCUUUUAAAGAUAAGCAAAAAUCAAAAAAUGGUCAAAUCUAUCAAUUGGUGAAUGAAAUUGAAAAAAAGAUUGAAAACAAAAAGGAUUUAAAGCCAAUGAGCCUGAACGAUGUUUAUGCAAAAGCAGAAGAUUAUGAGGAAAUUAGAAGACUUUUCCAAUCAACGGGUGUUGUAGUGAGGAUGAAUGAUGCUUUUGGGGUUCCAGUCCUUAAUACUCUAUGGAGAAUGAUGGCUGGGCGAAGAUUCAAUACAGACGACAAACAAAUGUUACAUCUUCAGAGGAUCCUGAAUAAACUUCUAGGAGAAAUCGACAUGAUUGGAUGCCCAUUUGGCCACUUUCCAAUUCUUAGGUUUAUUGCACCUGAAGCUUCUGGUUACAAAGCAUUUUUAGAAACUCAUCAAGAAUUGUGGGAAUUUUUAAAGAUUGAAUGGAAAAGUCACAAAGAGACAUUCGAUCCUUUAUUACCACGAGACUUAAUGGACGUCUAUUUACAAGUUUUACAGUCUGAAAGUCCCAAUGACACGUUUUCAGAAUCUCAACUGCUGGCGAUAUGUGUUGAUUUAUUCAUGGCUGGAUCAGAAACUACAUCAAAAACUCUAGGUUUUUGUUUUUUAUAUAUGCUAUUAUAUCCAGACAUACAAAAAAAAGCUCAGAAUGAAAUAGAUUCAAUCACCUGUCGUGAAAGAUUACCAUCUCUAAACGAUAAAACAAGAAUGACAUACGUAAAUGCAAUAGUGUAUGAAUCAUUAAGAAUGUUCAUGGGAAGGACGUUGAACGUUCCUCACAGAGCUUCAGAGGACACAUUCAUCUUGGGUCAUCGAAUUCCAAAGGACACAAUGCUUGUCGUCAACUUUAAUCGGGUCCUAAUGGAUGAUAAUUGGAAAGAUCCUGAAGCCUUUCGGCCAGAAAGAUUCAUCGACGAUGAAGGAAAACUGUUCCUGCCAGAUACUUUUCUACCUUUUAGUUUAGGAAAACAUCGAUGCAUGGGUGAAGUUCUUGCCAAGAGCAAUAUUUUCGUCAUCGUAGCAACUCUCUUGCACGAAUUCACAUUUUCAGUGGUCCCGGGAGAAGAAACCCCAACUACUGAUUUCAUUGAUGGAGUUACAGCUGGACCAACACCAUACAGAGCUUUACUCAAACAGCGGAAUUAAUUAUCGAUCUACAUGGAGAGAAAUUUCGAGAGAUUGUUUCACGGCACUACUCCUUGAUUUUCUUACGCUUUGGCGCGAGAACUAACAUCUCGGAACUCUCGCUUUUAAAGAAUAUGUCUCGAAGUUUCAGACAUUGCGCCAUGCCCCUUUGCUCCCAGAUCUGGAAUUCUAUGCUUUUAGAUCACAGAGUCCGAGACUUUAAAUCACGUGAAAAUUGUAGCUCAAAAAUCACGCGCUACGUGAAUUAAUCUCUUGAAAUUACUCUCCGUGUAUAAAUAGAUGUAUAUAUUUUAAAUAGAAUGCCUCCCGAGUAUUUUAAGCCUAAGAUGAACAAAUUUUUCAAAUGGCCUUCCAAUAAAUUCCAGUUUUAGACGUUUUAUUGCAUAGGGCUCGGAUUAACGACAAGGUUUAGUCGCAUAAAUGUUGAAAAAAGUCCACAAAAAGUCGCAGUAUAUUUUGAAAGAUAAUGAAUAAAGCAGUAUAUCUCGUCCUAAAA